AUGGACAGGGGAGUGCCUGGCAGCUUCCUCGUUCGUCCUAGCCAGAAUAAUCCUGGGAAUUUUACCCUCUCCGUGCGUCGUGAAGAUUGCGUUACACAUAUCAGGAUCCAAAAUACAGGUGAUUUCCUUGAUCUGUAUGGUGGAGAAACAUUUGCAACACUGUCGGAACUUAUUGACUAUUACCAGGAGAAUCAUGGUCAGCUGAAAGAGAAAAACGGUUCAAUUAUCGAGCUCAGAUAUCCCUUGUUUUCGCAGGAUCCCAUUGCCGAGAGGUAA